AUGGAUCCCACUGGCGAAAUGCCUCCGCAAGAGGGGAGACUUGGAGACAAUAUCCCGACGACGGAAACGAGGAUACCAGACCAUCUGGCAGCUGAGCGAAACUUGGAAAAGCGCUCCGCCGAAAACCUACCACCUAAUUCAACCUCCGUCUCAUCUUCUGCUGAUAAAAAGGACGAGAAAGGCGGGCAACCAGCACCUGCAUCGAAUACCGAGCUCGACGCCGUUUUGGAACAGUUGCCAGAAGAUGAGCGCGCCAUCCUAAAAGAGCAGCUUCACUCUCCGACGGUACCGGUGACGUUCUUCGGCCUCUAUAGAUAUGCAGACAGUUUGGAUUAUCUUGUGCUGGCUAUUAGCGCCCUUGCCUCCAUUGCUGCAGGUGCAGCCCUACCCUUGUUUACUAUUCUUUUCGGCCAAUUGACAAAUGCUUUUCGAGGAAUCUUCCUCGGCACAACUCCCUAUGACGAGUUCCAUACACAACUAGUCAAGAAUGUCCUUUACUUCAUUUAUAUCGGUAUUGCCGAAUUCGCUACUAUCUACAUUUCCACCGUUGGCUUCAUCUAUACCGGAGAGCAUAUCACGCAAAAGAUCCGUGAGGCUUAUCUUCAAUCGAUUCUGCGGCAGAACAUCGCCUACUUCGACAACCUCGGUGCUGGAGAGAUUACUACUCGCAUUACUGCAGACACGAAUCUGAUUCAAGAUGGGAUUUCGGAGAAAGUGGGCCUCACCUUGACGGCAGUGGCAACGUUCAUCACUGCAUUCAUCAUUGCAUAUAUCAAAUACUGGAAACUAGCGCUUAUCUGUUCCUCGACCAUUGUGUGCUUGGUUCUCGUCAUGGGUGGCGGCUCGAAUUUCAUUGUCAAGUUCAACAAGAAGUCACUCCAAAGUUACGCUGUCGGUGGAAGUGUUGCUGAAGAAGUUCUUAGUUCCAUUAGAACCGCUACCGCUUUUGGCACGCAGGAAAGGCUUGCUAAGCAAUACGAUACCCAUCUCGAGGAAGCUGAAAAAUGGGGUGUAAAGCUUCAGCUCACGCUCGCCGUUAUGAUUGGUGGUAUGAUGGGCGUUAUAUUCCUGAACUAUGGACUCGGCUUCUGGAUGGGUUCUCGGUUUCUCGUCGACGGGGAAGUUGUCGUUGGUCAGGUCAUCACGGUGCUGAUGGCCAUUCUGAUCGGAUCAUUUAGCUUGGGAAAUGUCGCCCCGAAUGGACAAGCGUUUACCAGCGCUGUCGCUGCUGCGGCAAAAAUCUACGCUACCAUUGACCGCGUUUCUCCCCUCGAUCCGACCACCGACGUCGGCGAAACCAUUGAAGGGCUCCAGGGCGUUAUUGAACUGCGUAAUAUCAAACACAGAUACCCUUCUCGGCCAGAUGUUUCGAUCAUGGACGGUGUUAGUCUGCUUAUCCCUGCAGGCAAGACCACUGCUCUCGUUGGACCUUCUGGUUCUGGAAAGAGUACAAUUAUUGGAUUGGUUGAGCGUUUCUACAAACCCGUUCAUGGACAAGUUCUUCUGGAUGAUCAUCCCAUUGAAUCGCUCAAUCUGCGGUGGCUGCGCCAGCAAAUUUCACUUGUCAGUCAAGAACCUAUCCUGUUCGCGACAACAAUUUUCGAGAACGUCAAGUUCGGCCUUAUCGGCACCUCUUUCAUGGACGAAGGCGAAGAAAAAAUCCAUCAGCGAAUUCGUGACGCUCUAGAGAUGGCCAACGCUCUUGAAUUCGUUACUGCCCUACCAGAAGGCUUAAACACUCACGUUGGUGAACGAGGCUUUUUGCUAUCAGGUGGUCAGAAGCAGCGUAUUGCAAUCGCUCGUGCUGUGGUCAGCGACCCGAAGAUUCUUUUGUUAGAUGAAGCAACGUCUGCCUUGGACACCAAAUCUGAAGGCGUUGUUCAAGCUGCCCUCGACAAAGCCGCAGAGGGCCGCACGACUAUAGUGAUCGCACAUCGUUUGUCGACUAUCAAAGGUGCUCACAAUAUCGUCGUGCUAGUUAAUGGUAGGAUUGCGGAACAAGGAACUCACGACGAACUAUUGGACAGCAACGGCGCCUAUUACAAACUGGUCGAAGCGCAACGCCUCAACGAAGAAAAGGAUUCUACAUCUGUCUUUGACGAUGAAAUGGACGGUAGCGAGAACCAAGACGAACUGGAACAGAUAAAAAUGUCGCGCACUCUGACAUCUAAAAGCAUUGGAAGUCGGUAUGACGAGAAGUCUGGGGAUUUCCUUGAAAAGCAAAACACGAAGAAAUCAGUCUCUAGCAUGGUCCUGUCUAAAAAAGGACAAGACGCGGAAAGAAAAUAUUCGCUGAUGACACUGAUAAAGUUUAUUUUGAAAUUUAAUAGGCCUGAGCUCAAGCUUAUGCUCUUUGGUCUUGUCGUUGCCAUCCUGACGGGUGGUGGCCAACCUACCCAGGCAGUACUCUUCUCCAAAGCAAUCACCACACUGUCUUUGCCGGAGAGUAUGUACGCCAAAUUGAAGCACGAUGCCAGUUUCUGGUCGCUCAUGUUCCUCAUGCUUGGUCUUAGCCAACUUCUUCUUCACUCCCUUCAAGGAAUGGCGUUCGCUUUCAGUUCCGAAAAACUUAUUCGACGAGCCCGGGCCCAGGCUUUUAGGACAAUGUUGCGCCAAGAUAUCAGCUUUUUCGACAGAGAUGAAAACAGCACUGGCGCUUUGACGUCUUUCCUUUCCACAGAGACCAAGCACUUGUCCGGUAUCAGCGGUGUCACGUUAGGCACAAUCCUAAGCGUAUCGACAACUCUUGGAGCCUCGCUGAUUAUUUCGCUUUCAAUUGGAUGGAAACUAGCGUUGGUUUGUAUUUCUGUUGUUCCAGUCCUACUGGGUUGCGGCUUUUACCGUUUCUAUAUGCUGGCCCAAUUUCAAUCCCGUUCAAAGAAGGCUUAUGAGAGCUCGGCUAGCUACGCGUGCGAGGCCACAUCUGCUAUCCGCACCGUGGCUUCUUUGACUCGGGAAGAAGAUGUGUUGAACAUCUAUCAUAAUCAACUAUCGGCCCAGGCGCGAAAGAGUCUCAUCUCCGUCCUCAAGUCGUCAUUACUAUAUGCUGCCUCACAGGGCUUGUCCUUCUUCUGUAUGGCUCUUGGUUUCUGGUACGGUGGGGAACUUCUUGGAAAGCACGAGUACACAAUGUUUCAAUUCUUUGUCUGCUUUUCCGAAGUCAUCUUUGGAGCACAGUCUGCUGGUACCGUCUUUUCCUUUGCCCCGGAUAUGGGCAAAGCCAAAAACGCAGCCACCGAAUUCAAGAGACUGUUUGACCGCAAGCCGGCCAUCGACAUCUGGUCUCCGGAUGGUGAGACUCUUGACCGUGUUGACGGCACUCUUGAAUUCCGCGAUGUUCACUUCAGAUACCCAACGCGCCCUGAACAGCCAGUCCUUCGCGGACUUAACCUGACAGUCAAGCCUGGGCAAUAUGUGGCCCUUGUCGGAGCUAGCGGUUGCGGAAAAAGUACAACGAUUGCCCUUCUCGAGCGAUUUUACGAUCCUCUCUCAGGUGGUGUUUACGUGGAUGGCAAAGACAUUUCAAGCUUGAAUGUCAACUCUUAUCGAAGUCACAUGGCUCUUGUCAGCCAAGAACCAACGCUCUAUCAAGGUACGAUUCGCGACAACAUCUUGCUAGGUAGUAAUGAGCAAGAUAUUCCCGAAGAGGCAAUCAUAAACGCCUGCAAGAACGCCAACAUUUACGACUUUAUCUUGUCACUACCAGAUGGAUUCGAUACAGUAGUUGGCAGUAAAGGUGGCAUGCUGUCUGGCGGACAAAAGCAGCGAGUCGCCAUUGCACGUGCAUUGCUUCGUGACCCCAAGGUCCUCCUUUUGGACGAAGCCACUUCAGCUCUCGACUCCGAGUCUGAAAAAGUGGUGCAAGCCGCCCUCGAUGCUGCUGCCCGUGGCCGCACCACAAUCGCAGUGGCACACCGGCUGAGCACCAUCCAAAAGGCUGAUAUCAUCUACGUGUUUGAUCAGGGCCGAAUUGUCGAGAGCGGGAACCAUCACGACCUGAUCAGGAAUAAAGGUCGCUACUUUGAGCUGGUGAAUCUGCAGAGUCUUGGAAGGACUCAUUAA